ACCUUCUUUCUUAUAAACUCUUUAGGAAACGCUAUGUCGGGUGGCAUUGCACGUAGUCGUCUUGCGGAAGAACGUAAAACCUGGCGCAAAAAUCAUCCCCAUGGUUUUGUGGCUAAGCCUGAGAUAAAGCCAGACGGGUAUGUUAAUUUGAUGAUUUGGCAUUGCAUUAUCCCCGGCAAAAUAGGGACUGACUGGGAAGGUGGCUACUAUCCUCUUACUCUUAUCUUCUGCGAGGACUACCCUAGCAGACCACCUACAUGCAAGUUUCCAAAUGGUUUCUUCCACCCUAAUGUUUAUGCUUCAGGAAAUGUGUGUCUGUCUAUCCUGAACGCGGGGUGGAGACCAUCCAUUACGGUAAAGCAAAUCCUAGUGGGCAUUCAAGAUUUUCUUGAUCAACCCAAUCCAAGCUCCCCUGCAAAUCAAGAUGUAUGUCGGCUUUAUGUACAGGUAAAUAGCAUUACCCUUUAAUAAUUUCUAUUGAUGUUAAUAGUCUGUUAUAUGGUUUUAUUUUCCUUGUACCGAUAUGCAAUCUUGGCCAAUACAGAACUCAAAUGAAUACCAGAAAAGAGUUCAACAGCAAGCCCGGAAAUAUCCGCAGACUCUCUAGUCAUAUGCUUGGUCAACAGAAAUGGUGGAACUAUUACAUGUCAUUUAGCUACUUGACCACAUUUUGUUUAAAGCUCCUACAAGGACAUGUGAAAUUAUAGUUGAGUAGCUGAGGUCGGUUGUCAAAGAUGCUUUCGUUACCUAUGAUUUUCUCUACUUGCUAUGCCAUGAUGGAACCAGAACACUAAAUGUCAUCUCUUUUUUCUCCCAUGUUUAAAAUGUAUGCAUUGCA